UCUCAGUACUGCUACUCAUCGUCGCCUUUCCCAAAGCGGCUUUCUUCAAGGUCUUCGGCUGACACCUCGCUCUCUUCCGCCCUAACCACUUCCUGUGGUUCAGUGUCGUCGCCGUCGGUCGCCAUGGCUCGUCUCGUCCAGCUCUCCCUCGCGCUCCUCGCGCUCCUCGCCGUCACGGGCGCCGCCAAUGCCGCCGGUAGUAUCGCUGGCCCCAACUACAGCCAGAGCGGCCUCGAUUGGGGGGGUGACUGCCAGUCCGGCGAGAAGCAGUCGCCGAUCAACAUCGUGAUGGACGAGGCGGUGGAGGUCAGCGAGCCCGAGAAGUUCGUGCUGGACUACGACACGUCGGCCACCACCGCAUUCGUCGUCAACAAGGGCUCCACCGUCCAGGUCGUUCCCCACCCGGAGAAGACCUACAAGCUGCACAUCAACAGUGGCGUCUAUAACCUGCUCCAGAUGCACGUGCACUCUUUCUCGGAGCACGCUAUCAACGGGCUCUUCGCGGCCAUGGAGGCUCACUUCGUGCACGUGCACGAGAGCGACCCCAACCAGCUGGCCGUCGUCGGAGCCAUGAUUCGCCUGCAGCGCCACGACGAGCAGUCCGCCUGGAUUGACACCUGGCUGCCCAAGACCCCGUCGGAGGUGGGCGCGAACUCCACCAUCGACAUUCCCGACAACUUCUGGACCGAGAUGUUGGACACCUCCAUGGGCUUCUGGCGCUACCCCGGCUCGCUCACCACUCCCGACUGCAACGAGAUCGUCGAGUGGCACGUGUUGCGCAAAGCCAAGUUCCUCUCCGUGGGCCAGACCAUCACCUUCAUGAACAUGAUAGCCAAGUACAAUGUCGAGCGCACUGACAACCGUCUUCCUGAGCCCGUCAACGGCCGCACCGUUACCUACUAUGCUCACACCUCUUCUUAGAGUUGGCGUUGCAAUUUUUGGGGUUGGCGUUGGAAUUUUUGGGGAAAUAAUUUAUAUGUGGGAGUGUUGAUGCAUUGACUAGGUUUCACGGUGGGUGUGUUUAGAACUCUGGCUUGGCAGGUGGGAUAUCUUAAUGAAAUGGUGUUCAUCUCAAACAAGUAGUGUUGAGAACCAACCCAUG